UGAGCUCCAAGAUGUUCUCCAGGAGAAGCACCUGAAUCUCCAGUUGUUCAACAACAGCCACAAGGCGUCCGAAUAUGAGAAGGUAAAGUCCGAGUAUGACCUGCUCAGAGACACGCUUGGUGCUGUGACUCGGGAGAGAGAUUCAGCCCUGCGGGAGAAGACCCAGCUCCAAGGCAAACUGGAGAACCUAGAGCAGGUGCUCAAGCAUAUGCGCGAGGCUGCAGAGAGGCGGCAGCAGCUAGAGUUGGAGCAUGAGCAAGCCUUGGCUGUCCUCAAUGCAAAGCAGCAGGAGAUUGACCUUCUGCAGAAGGCUCAGGUUGAGGCUAAGAAGGAGCAUGAGGGCGCGGUCCAUCAGUUAGAGAACCACUUGGACAGCAUGCAGUUGAGGAGCGUGUCCCGCACUUUGAACACAGUGCAGUUUUUGGCCAAAGUGCGAGAGCUGGAGGAGAAAUGUCGGACGCAGAGUGAGCAGUUCAACCUCCUGUCCAAAGAGCUGGAGAAGUUCCGGCUGCAGGCGGGGAAGUUUGAUAUCCUGGGCACCGACCCCUUAACUGUAUGUGAAUCCCCCGGUUCCCCUAACAAGACCCUCUCCCAGCUCCUCAACGGACUGGCUGCCCCCAUCGGGAAAGGCAAUGACAGUUCUCUGAGCAGAUCGUUGAUAUCCGAGUUCAUCCGCCCGCUCCAGAUCAGCGGGGACAAGCCUGAGCUGCUGUCGGUGAAGCCAACCUUCCUCACCCGCAGCCAGGCCAGCAGCACUGGGCGGGCCGUGCUCUCCGAAAUGGAAAAACAAGUGAGCUUGACUACUAGGUCCAGGCCCAGAUUCACAGGGAAGGUCCGUCUGUGCAUAGCCCGGUACAGCUAUAACCCUUACGAUGGGCCGAAUGAGCAUCCUGAGGCAGAGCUCCCUCUGGUGGCAGGGAAGUACCUGUACGUGUACGGAACCAUGGACGAUGAUGGCUUCUACGAUGGGGAGCUGCUGGACGGACAGCAAGGCCUCGUCCCCUCCAACUUUGUGGACUUGGUUCAGGACGAGGAGACGUCCUCCGUCCACUCCAGGGAGAGGACCAAGGAGCCGGGCUACCUCAACCAGAGUAGCCUGGGCUCUCAGGGGCUGGGCCUGGGCGUGAGCAUGGACCUGGGAACCCUCACCAGCCUGGGCGACCUCCUGUCGGACAGCAAGCUGGACUGUCUCGGCACCACCUCCACCAGCAGCGCCGGCCUGGGCAUGGACCUCCUGGGCACCUGCAGCAACGGGACGGGAACCCUGGACGUGAGCGUCGACGAGGUCGGCGAGGACGUCGUGCCUUACCCCCGCCGCAUCAGCCUGAUCAAGCAGCUGGCCAAGAGCGUGAUCGUGAGCUGGGACCCGCCCGUGGUGCCGCCGGGCUGGGGCUCCAUCAGCGGCUACAACGUCCUGGUGGACCAGGAGGUGCGCAUGAGCGUCCCCUUCGGCGGCAGGACCAAGUCCCUGAUCGAGAAGCUGAACCUGGCCAGCCGCACCUACCGCAUCUCCGUGCAGAGCGUGACGGAGCGCGGGCCCUCGGACGAGCUCCGCUGCACCCUGCUGGUGGGGAAGGACGUGGUGGUGGCGCCGUACUACCUGCGGGUGGACAACAUCACGCAGGUGUCGGCCGAGCUCUCCUGGAUGCCCAGCAACAGCAACUACAGCCACACCAUCUUCCUCAACGGCGCGGAGUACGACAUGGUCAAGGCCGGGGGGUACAAGUACCAGUUCUUCAACCUGAAGCCCAUGACCGUUUACAAGGUGAAGGCUGUGGCAAGGUCCCACCAGGUGCCUUGGCAGCUUCCCCUGGACCAGAGGGACAAGAGGGAGAUAUCUGUGGAGUUCUGUACGCAGCCUGCAGGACCCCCCUUCCCCCCCCAGGAGGUGCAGGUUCACUGCGGCCAGAACCCCGGCAUCCUGCAGGUGCGCUGGAAGCCCCCGCCCCUCACCCCCACCGGCACCUCCAACGGAGCCAACGUGAUUGGCUACGCCGUGUGCACCAAGGGACAGAAGAUAGCAGAGGUCCUGUACCCCACGGCCGACUACGUGACGAUAGAGCUGAACCAGAUCCAGGGCCUAGAGGCCCGGGAGGUGAUAGUCAGGACGUUGUCAGCACAAGGGGAGUCCCAGGACUCCCCCGUAGCCACCAUCCCACACACCCUCCUGGGCUCCCCUCGCCUCUCCCACAGGCAGCUUGCACAUCCCCCUCCCAUGCCUCACCCCCAGCCCCCUCCGGCACACACGCAAACCUACCCACCUUACCCGCAGACCUACCCGCCAUCGCACCCCCAGCCCCACGUCCUGCCCCGGCCCCAGCCCCACACGCUGCCCCACGGACAGCCGCACUCCCAGCCCCUACGCCACCCUCCCCCCCACCCCCAGCCCCACCUGCAGCCCCACCUGCAGCCCCACCCCAUGCCCCCCAAGGCCAAGCCCCUGGGAGGUGCUCGAGAGCCCGAAACCAAAGAUCAGGAGGGCGGGGGCCUGCGGCCUGGACAGCCCUGGGAGAACGCCCGCACGCCCUCGCCCCACCCCCCCACGCGCGGACACACCCUGGAGCCGCCCCACUACCAGCCGCGGCGGUCGCCCUCGCCCCAGAGGAUCCUGCCCCAGCCUCAGGGGGUCCCCAUCCCCAACACCAUCGCCAAGGCCAUGGCCAGGGAGGCUGCCCAGCGGGUGUUCGCCGAGGGAAACCGGGUUGAGAAGAGGAACAUCUUCAGCGACCGGGGCGACGCCCUGCACCCUCUCAACUCCGACGAGGAGGAGGAUGGCUACGACUCGCCGCACGCCCGCCGGAGAGGCGCAUCUGUGGACGAGUUCCUCCGGGGCUCCGAGAUGGGCAGACAUCACCACCACUACAGUCACAGUGAGGAGUACCAGACAGAGAGCAGCCGUGGCUCCGACCUGUCUGACAUCAUGGAGGAGGACGAGGAGGAGCUCUACUCUGAGAUGCAGCUGGAGGAAGGCCGCCGGCGGAGCAUCAACUCUCACAACACUCUCAAGGCGUACUACCGGCGGCAGGACCUGGGGGAGGAGAGGGACUCGUGGGACCUGCAGAGGGAGGUGGUGAGGCAGAAGUCUCUCCGCAGCAAGCGGCUCCACAGCAUCCCCGAGGUGUCGGAGGAGGAGCCGGACGGCGUGGACGGCCUGGGCCAACGGCUCCGCUUCGAGGACGGCGGGGGGCGGCCCGGUACCCCCCGCAUGCAGCGCAGGAACCGCAUGUACCAGCCCGACCCCCCCCUCCACAACCACCUCUCCCCCAACAAGAACUCCCGCCGCCUGCAGCGCCAGCGCUCCUCACCCCGCUACUGCGACGGACGCUACGGUUACUCCCUGGACGACCGCUUCCCGGGCCGGCCGGGCCGCCAGGCCACCAAGAGCCCCGACAGCGGCCUGGACUGCGGCAGCGAGGAGGAGGGCUCCCUGGGUUACCGCGGCUACCACGGUUACGGCCCCACGCGGGCCCCCGUGCGGGUCAUCCACUGCGAGGGCCCGGUGGAGCGGCGGGCCCUGGCCAUGGGCCGCAAGAGAACCCUGACGCGCCAGUGCAGCGUGGAAGAGGACUUCUGCGACGGGCCCGGCUCCGCCCCCAAGACGGGCCACGUGGGGGACCUGAGGAGCAGGGAGGUCCGCUACGGACCGGGCCGGGAGGCCGGGCCCAGAUUCGACCCCAGGGAGGCAGGCCUGAGCCAGGGCAGGUUCAGCCAGCUGGACAGGGCCUAUCUCACUCACAGGGACAGUAGGGCCAGGCUCGUCAGGGGCAGCGACCAGCCGCUGAUCAUAGGGAACUCCCCCUCUCACGGGCGCUCCGAGCGGAUGGACCACUCAGGACGGCGGCCUGUCCGCGGAGCCCCUCCUCCACAGCGACGCCCAAUCACAGUUCCUUCCAUUGAGAUCACCAUGGAGAGUAACAGUGAGGGGAGUGAGGGGAACCUCUCACCUGGCAAGGAGGAUGGUUACUAUGGCAGUGUAGCUCGGCGCAGGAAGUGGCAUCACUAUGACGGGUACGGCGGGCGUGGCCACGUGCCGGGGCGAGCACGGCGCAGCCCGGAGUACUACGAGGAGUCGGAGGGCGAGGAGCCGGCCCGCGUGUUCGUGGCGCUGUUCGACUACGACCCGCUGUCCAUGUCCCCGAACCCGGACGCGGCCGACGAGGAGCUGCCCUUCAAGGAGGGACAGAUCAUCAAGGUGUUUGGGAACAAGGACACAGAUGGGUUCUACAGAGCGGAGGUCAGAGAGCGGGUGGGGCUCAUUCCCUGUAACAUGGUAUCUGAGAUCCAGACCGAGGAUGACGACAUGAUGGAGCAGCUGCUCAAACAGGGCUUCCUGCCCCUCAACACCCCGGUGGAGAAGCUAGUGAACUGCAACCGCUUCAAAGAUGGCCGCUCAAUAAACCGCAGGUCCCGAAAAUCCAAGAGAGAGAGGAACCGGCGUAGCGGGCGUCAGCACCCGGCCUCCACCCGCAGGAUGGUGGCCCUGUAUGACUACGACCCCAGGGAGAGCUCCCCUAACGUGGAUGUGGAGCCACAGUAUGGGAGAGACAGGCUGAUGGACGAGGCUGAAUUGACCUUCUGUGCCGGAGACGUCGUCAACGUCUUUGGCGAAAUCGACGAAGAUGGAUUUUACUACGGUGAACUCAAUGGACACAAGGGCCUCGUCCCCUCCAACUUUCUAGAAGAAGUGCCUGACGACGUGGAGGUUUUUCUCACGGACACUCCAUCUCGGUACCCACAGGACGCUCCGGCGCGGAUCAAGACCAAAAGGAAGAAGAGUGUUCAUUUCACACCUUAAAGGCUCUGUUUCCGUCACGUAAGUGGGCAACUGAGGACACCAAGGUUACGUUCCUCUCGUCUAAUGCAGGUGACAUGGGUACCACCAAGUUAUGGUACACACACACACAAACACACACACUUUUUCAUAACACCUUUCGUCAACAUCUUUCUUUGUCGCCUCGGAAACACACAACAACGCAUACCACAUUUGGCUCUUACCUAACGACGGACAGAGGGCGUUCGGAGAGAGGCGUGUGUUCUCUCACUGAAGAACAACCGCCCUAGUCAGUGCAUUAGACGAGAAGCAUGGUGUCUUCGGUUGUUUCUCUGAGUGUUGUACGACUGUCCGUCUCCCACUCUUAGUCUCCUGCUGUAACUCAUGAAAAGCUAAAAGGCUAAUUGUUGCACGAUCCAGAUGCUUCCCCUCCCCUGUAGAAGUAGCGCUAGACUGAGACGGGCCCCUAACACUGACCCCCUAGCACCUCCCCUCUCCCUGAAGUAGUGCACCCCACCAAACACACCCAACCCUGUUUCGUGGCGGAGGCCAACCAAUGACAACAUGUCACACAGGCUCAUGGAUUUCCUGGAGCUAUUUUUUUCCUGUUGGGCACAAAGCUGUGGUCUGCUCAAGCAUCUGACACGAUGAAGAUGUUUGUGGGGUGCAAUUUUUCUCUUUCACUUAACGAAUGACGCAAAAUGGUAAAACAAGCCAUUAACAUUUUUUAUCCUCAUAGAGCUGGCAUCUAGUUUCGAUUUUCAAACCUCAUUUUGAUUAACAUGAGAAACUGAGAAUCUCAUAAUUAUUUUUUUGGUUAAGUUUGCAUAAAUAAUUUCGUGCUUGCGACCAGAUUUGUAAAUGAAACUUUUUUAAAGCAGGUUGAAUUGGUUCCAACAACCUUGAAGUUACCUUGAUGAAAAGUGAUAAAAUGCUCCAAAACUGGUAAAUUGAUAACUUAUCUCCUCUUUACUUGCCAUAAACUACGAACAUUCAAUGUGCAGAUACGUACCAUUUGGAAAUACCUGUUAUAUGUAGCUAUGUUCCUCCAGAGACUUCCGUCUCAUGUUAAUGGGAUCUUGUCAACACAUUUCUCCUAAGUGCAAUUUAAAGGAAGCCUUUUAGCUCAUGAUUACAAGGAAUAUUUAGAUAUUCAAUGUUUCUCUGUAACCCAGUUGUACAGUAUACAUUAUGUAAGUAAGACUAUAUAUUUAAACAAACCUUUGCUGUCAUUUUGUCAAAAAUGUAACACAGUACUAUGUUGUAUCUCAUUUUCUGUGAAAGGCAUUUCCUUUUCCAUUGAUAGUCAUGUUUGUUGGAGAGAUUUGUGCAGCAUCAGCAGAACACGUUAACUACUUGGGAAGAGAGGAGAGAGAGAGAGAGAGAGAGAGAGAGAGAGAGAGGACCUAAAGAAUACUCACAUAGACUCGUCUGACUUUACGCUAAUAAGACAACACCCAAGUUGUUCUGACAUGUGAGGGAGAUAGACUGGGGGAUCCAGAGCUAUGGUGGCCCCGAUGAGACAGAAAGGACUGAGAGAAGGGGAGUAGUGGCUGGGGUGCGAGAGAGAGCUGGCUGUUUAACCCCCUGAACUGUCCCUUACGGGUCUCCCAUUAGGUUCCGACGGAAAAAUCGUGUCCGCCCAGAAGAGCCGCCUCACCCACUGUGCGCCCACACCUCCCUGGCUCCGGCCCCGCCAUCGUGGGGCCCGGCAGUCCCACGAGGAGCCCCCACGACUUGUCCUCCAAAAAGAAAAAG